AAAAUAAGAAGAAGAAACCCUAAAUAUCAGGUAGGGGUGGACUUAAGUAUAAAUUCUAAGUACCUAGGUACUAUUACUAUUCAGGUGUCAGUCCCGUUACUGUAGACGUUCGUAGUCUACCUAUAACUUAUUUGUGUGAGUGUCUUAUUAUUCAAAAUGUCUUUGGAUACAAUUCCUGUUGACUUGAGAAGACUCAGGGCUUGCUUAGCUUGUUCACUGAUCAAGUCCUUCGAGCAAUUUCUGAGAGACGGAUGCGACAACUGUGAAGAAUUCUUGAGAAUGCGAAAAGAUUCGGACAAUGUAUACUUGUACACCAGCAAAUCUUUUACUGGGAUGGCUGCCAUGAUGCAACCUUCUGAGAGUUGGGUUGGUAAAUGGUUGAGGAUUGGUGUUUGUUGUCCUGGAAUGUAUGCUUUAUCUGUCGCCGGUUCCUUACCUAGAGAGAAAAUGAGACAAAUGCGAAGACUAGGAUUGUUUUGUGGCAAUAGAGAUCGAUCCCAAUAAGUUCAAAAUCGAGGCCUUAUGUAUUGAUCUCAAUUUUUGAAUUCUUUUAUGUUUCGAAUAUGUAUGAGCAGUUUCUUGUCUAUAAUUACUCAGUUUUAUAAUUUUGUUAAAAUGUGAUAUAAAUGAAAUAAAUUUGGUAUUUCUAAAUAGCAAGUUGAGUUUUUAUUUGUAUUUGACCACUGGUGUAAAGUGUAAUUUUUUUAACGUGUGUUGCUCGAUAACAAUUGAAUUCCAAUUUACAAAAACGUAAAUAUUAUAUUCAGACUACGAAAAGUAUUCAAGAAAUUCUUCGAAAUCUCAAAGAUUUCGCAAAUUAUAAUAUUUCCCCAUAAAAACAAAUUUAACAGUUCUUAUCAAAACUAUGGCAUAUGAUGAUUUUUUUUCAUCUGCUUGAGUACUUGGCGUUGAAUUAGCAAAUGUGUAUCUUCACUCACUCCUGUUUUAUUGUUUGUCGUGUGUUGUCUAUUUUAAAAAUGUCCAGGAAAAACGUCAGAGCUUGUUUGGGAUGUUUAAUGAUCAAGUCGGUUAGACAUUUUAUGAAAGAGGGAUGUGAAAACUGUGACAGUUUUCUAAAAUUAAGAUCAAACCCCGACAGAGUUCAGCAAUAUACUACUAUGAAGUUUGGUGGGGUGGUCGAUGUGGACACACCUUCGAGGAAUUGGUUUCAUCCUAUAAUGAGAACAGGUUAUUGUUUUCCAGGCACGUAUGCUACGUGCGUGGAGGACCCUUUGCCCUAUGAAAUAUUUGAACAAAUGAAAAUGCUGGGUCUUAUUGAUUCAGAAAAAAACUGUAAAUAUUUUAUUAAAAAAGAAUUCAGAUAUCGAUUGAAACUUAAACCUUAUUAAAAUUGACGUGUGAAAUUGUCUCAGUUGUGUUUCAACUGUAUUUUACUUUCUUGUACAUUCUUUUUAAACUUUUAUUUGUAAUUUUAUAUACGUAGGUAAACCAAAAAUUUGAAUUUUAUAAUAUAGACGGUAUUUUUUACCGGAUCAUAUUUAAUUGUAUCAACUAUUUGAUAGCAUCAGUGAAUAAAAUUUUUGACUCUUCA